UCGUCCAGAUUUGUUGAAUAAUUCAUUUCCAGGUGCAAAUCGUGGUCCAGGACCAAUGAGAAAUUAUGAAACAAAUCAAUUUAAUUACAAUCAAUCAGCACCAUAUAAUAAUAAUGGCAAUGAUCGUUGGCCAUCUCGUUACCCUGCUAAUCCACAGCAACAACAACAACGACCAGAAUUUUUUGAUCGACCAAAUUUUGAAACACGAUCACUACCAUCCAAUAAUAAUAAUGGAUAUUAUGAUAAUAGACCACCGCAACUUAUGUCUGGAGGAAAUAAUUAUAAUAAUGAACGACAAUUACAAUUUAAUGGUGGAUUUAGUAAUCAACAAUCAAAUUAUGAACGACCAUAUAAUAACCAUAGUAUUUCAAAUCCUAUGAAUGAAUAUCAUCCAGAACCAACUUCAUCUCUUCUAGGUGGUCCACCUAAUCGUUCACAUCAUCGAACUAAUACUGGUCCAACCAAUGAGCUUAUGUAUCCUCCAACUAAUAAUCAUCAACGUUCUCAACCACCAUCAAGACCACCAAUGAACCAAACAUAUUAUCAAAAUCAAAAUUCAGUUGGUGCUUUUGGUGUCAAUAAUAGUAACAAUAAUACAAAUUCAAAUUAUUUUUCAUCUUCUGGUAAUCAACAACAGAAUCAAAUGGGAAUAAAUAAUAGUUCAUCUGUACGUUCUUAUGCCGAUUAUCGAUCGUCAUCCGGUUUACCGACUACGACAAAUACUCAUACAUCAAUGUAUCCUCCAUUACAAAAUAAUACACAAAAUUCAAUCACUUCACAACCUCGUUCAUUUGAUGAAACUGGGUUUUCAGGAUUUGCGCAAGGUUCAUCGAAUUCGUUUGGACGAUCAAAUGGAUCAUCAUUUGAUAAUAAAGAUUCACAUUAUGGUUCUUUUGGACAACAAAAUCAAAUGGAACAAUCAUCUCAAGCACCAUGGCAUAAUUCAUCUAACGGUGUAAACAAUGCUCGUGGUCGCGGAGGUCGUGGACGUGGUGGACCAAAUCAAUCAAUGAACAAGCAAUCUACUUCAACGUUUUCAUAUAGUAGUAACAAUAACAAUAAUAAUAAUUCAUCAAUACGAGGACGAGGUAUCGGUCGAAAUGCCAGAAAUUUUGGUAGUCGCCGUUAA